GCUACCGCAGCCCUUCCUUUACCCUAGAACACGUGGCUUUAUGUAAAACGCCAAGAUUUCAUCUUUUGACCGUUUUGUAAGUUUAGUCAGCCGUAGCGUGCGGCCGCACGUGUAUCCACAUCCAUUCUUUGUGGACCCUCAAGAUGAUGCUAUUCACGACGCUGGCGGCUUUAAGGACGAUCUAACUCCGCCAUGGAGCUGUACGAUUGAUUGACAUGACGUUAGGCAUAUUGCAGAAUAUAAAAGGGCGACAAAUCCAUGCUUUGUAGAGCCAUUGACUGGAACACCUCAGAUUGAAUAUAUCCUGUGCAACAUAUAUGCACAACCCACUCCCUAUAACCAAUAAACCAACGAUUUCGUCAAGAUGUCCACCACCAACGGCUCUCUCAACAAUUCCAAAGGCGGUGCCAACUGCCAUCCGACCGCAUUGGAGAUCGUCCAGAGCAAUGGAUUAGAAGGCAAGCUCCAGGACAAAGUCAUCCUCAUCACAGGCUGCUCGUCGGGUAUCGGCAUCGACACAGCCCGUGCUCUGUCUGUCACCGGGGCUACCCUCUAUCUCACAGCGCGUGAUUUGAACAAGGCGGAGAAAGCGUUAGGGGACCUUGUCAAGAAACCCAACGUCCACCUCCUAGCCCUUAGCCUCGACUCACUGACCAGCGUGCGCGCCUGUGCGGAGGACUUCCUCUCCAAGAGCUCCCAAUUGAACAUCCUGAUCAACAAUGCAGGGGUCAUGGCGACACCGGAGGGUCGGACGCAAGAUGGAUUCGAAACUCAAUUCGGUACCAACCACUUAGGCCAUUUUACGCUUUUCUACCUGUUGAAGCCUACCCUGUUGGCUUCCUCAACCCCAGAGUUCAAUUCGCGCGUUGUCAAUGUCUCUUCCAUGGCACAUCGUUAUGGUGAACCUGUCUUGGAUAAUAUUAAUCUGGAGGGAAUCUAUGAGCCGUGGAUGGCAUACGGUCAGAGCAAGACAGCGAACAUCUGGACGGCCAGUGAGAUCGAGAGACGAUAUGGAUCUCAGGGUCUUCACGGCUUUAGUGUCCACCCCGGUGGCAUCAGGUCUGGGUUGCAGCAAUACGUCACCAAAGAACAGCAGGACGCAUGGGAUAACGAUGAUGCGAUUGCUAGUGUGUGGAAAACUUCAGAGCACGGGGCUGCUACCACCGUUUGGGCCGCGGUAGCAAAGGAGUUAGAAGGAAAGGGCGGGAAAUAUCUCGAGGAUUGUCAGAUCGCAGUGAAAUAUGACCCGAAUACUGGAACUGUUGGAAAGGGAUACGCCCCUUGGGUGUAUGAUGAGGCAAAACAGGCGCAGUUGUGGGAAAUGUCAUUGAACCUGGCAGGGUUACAUGCCGAAAUCUGAUAUGACGUCGGAAUACUGCAAGUGUAGGGUGAAGAAAAACAUUUGAUUUCUUAUUGGAUAUCAUGUAUUGUUGUGAAUUCGACUAAUAUGCAGCUUCUUGCC